GCAUCGAUGUCUCUCGCUCUGGUUCUUUGCUCCAAUGUUAUACGAGCUUGGUAGCCUCUUUUAGCAGCAGCUGUGAGAAACUGCGAGCAAGUUAAGCGGUAGAGUGCAUAUAGCACAGAGAAGGGCACACACAUACACGCAGGGAGAUAGAAAGAGAUAAAGAUAUAUAUAUAGAGAGAGAGAAAGAUAUAUAAAUAUAUAGAGAGAGAAAGGUUAGGGAUUCAUUGAGGGAGAAAUCUCAGAGAGAGAGAGAGGAUGAGUAUAUGGAACUAUGUAGUAACGGCUCACAAACCGACCAACGUGACGCAUUCGUGCGUCGGCAAUUUCACCGGACCUCAGGAACUCAAUCUCAUCAUUGCGAAAUGCACUCGUAUCGAGAUUCAUUUGCUUACUCCUCAGGGUUUGCAGCCUAUGUUGGAUGUGCCACUAUAUGGAAGAAUUGCAACACUUGAACUUUUUCGCCCUCAUGGUGAAGCACAAGAUUUUUUGUUCAUUGCAACAGAAAGAUAUAAAUUUUGUGUUCUUCAAUGGGAUGCUGAAGCAGCUGAGGUUAUUACAAGAGCAAUGGGGGAUGUCUCAGAUCGUAUUGGUCGUCCCACAGACAAUGGCCAGAUUGGCAUAAUUGAUCCUGAUUGCAGAUUAAUUGGACUCCAUUUAUAUGAUGGAUUAUUUAAGGUUAUUCCGUUUGAUAAUAAAGGUCAGCUCAAGGAAGCAUUCAAUAUUAGGCUUGAGGAACUCCAAGUUUUGGAUAUCAAAUUUCUCUAUGGUUGCCCAAAACCUACAAUUGUUGUUCUUUACCAGGAUAACAAGGAUGCCCGUCAUGUCAAAACGUAUGAGGUUGCUUUGAAGGAUAAAGAUUUUGUUGAGGGUCCAUGGUCACAGAAUAAUCUUGAUAAUGGGGCUGAUUUGCUAAUACCAGUUCCCCCACCUCUUUGUGGGGUUCUUAUCAUUGGAGAAGAAACAAUUGUGUAUUGCAGUGCAUCUGCAUUCAAAGCAAUUCCGAUUAGACCUUCAAUCACAAGAGCCUAUGGAAGGGUUGAUGCUGAUGGUUCUAGGUACUUACUCGGAGAUCAUGCCGGGCUCCUUCACUUACUUGUUAUAACCCAUGAGAAAGAAAAGGUUACUGGACUUAAAAUUGAGCUCUUGGGGGAAACUUCGAUUGCUUCUACAAUAUCAUAUCUUGAUAAUGCCUUUGUCUAUGUUGGCUCAAGUUAUGGAGAUUCACAGCUCAUAAAGCUAAAUCUCCAUCCUGAUACAAAAGGUUCUUAUGUAGAAGUGCUAGAGAGGUAUGUCAACUUGGGGCCAAUUAUCGACUUCUGUGUGGUUGACCUAGAAAGGCAAGGUCAAGGUCAGGUUGUAACUUGCUCCGGAGCCUACAAGGAUGGUUCUCUUCGCAUAGUUCGGAAUGGAAUUGGAAUCAACGAACAGGCAUCAGUUGAGCUUCAAGGCAUCAAGGGAAUGUGGUCACUGAAAUCAGCUGCUGCUGAUCUGUAUGACACCUUCUUGGUAGUAAGCUUUAUCAGUGAGACACGGAUUUUGGCAAUGAAUCUUGAGGAUGAGUUGGAAGAAACUGAGAUAGAGGGUUUUUGUUCUGAAGUCCAAACUUUGUUCUGCCAUGAUGCUGUGUACGAUCAACUUGUACAGGUUACUUCAAGCUCUGUAAGACUGGUCAGUUCAACUUCUAGAGAUCUGCGUAAUGAAUGGAAAGCCCCAUCAGGGUUCUCGAUUAAUGUCGCCACUGCUAAUGCCACUCAGGUUUUAUUAGCUACCGGGGGUGGCCAUUUAGUUUACCUCGAAAUUGGUGAUGGAUCAUUGAUAGAAGUAAAACAUGCACAACUGGAGUAUGAAGUCUCAUGCCUCGACAUAAAUCCCAUUGGUGAAAAUCCCAACUAUAGUCGGCUUGCUGCAGUUGGAAUGUGGACAGAUAUAAGUGUGAGAAUAUUUUCGCUUCCCGACCUGAAUCCGAUUAUGAAGGAGCAUUUAGGAGGAGAAAUAAUACCUCGUUCUGUUCUUCUGUGCGCUUUUGAAGGGAUAUCAUAUUUGUUGUGUGCCCUUGGAGAUGGUCAUCUCUUUAACUUUUUAUUGAACAUGAACACUGGUGAGUUAACGGAUAGAAAAAAGGUGUCUCUUGGGACCCAGCCCAUAACACUCCGUACUUUCUCAUCGAAAAGUACCACACAUGUAUUUGCUGCUUCAGAUAGGCCAACUGUCAUUUACAGCAGUAACAAGAAACUACUCUACAGCAAUGUAAAUUUGAAAGAAGUCAGUUAUAUGUGCCCUUUCAACUCUGCUGCUUUCCCAGACAGCCUUGCAAUUGCAAAAGAAGGUGAACUAACAAUUGGCACGAUUGAUGAUAUCCAGAAGCUUCACAUUCGCUCUAUCCCACUCGGGGAGCAUGCACGUCGUAUCUGUCAUCAGGAGCAAUCCCGGACCUUUGCCAUAUGCAGUUUAAAGUAUAACCAGUCAAAUACAGAAGAAACUGAAAUGCACUUUAUCCGCUUGUUAGACGACCAAACCUUUGAGAUAAUCUCAACUUACCCACUUGACCAAUACGAGUAUGCUUGCUCCAUUCUUAGCUGCUCCUUCUCUGAUGAUAGUAAUGUGUACUACUGUGUUGGAACUGCAUAUGUUAUGCCGGAGGAGAAUGAGCCAACCAAGGGAAGAAUUUUGGUAUUCAUAGUUGAAGAUGGGAAGUUACAGCUAAUUGCUGAGAAGGAAACCAAGGGGGCUGUUUACUCUCUCAAUGCCUUUAAUGGAAAGCUGCUUGCUGCUAUCAAUCAAAAGAUUCAAUUGUACAAAUGGAUGCUCCGGGAUGAUGGAACCCGUGAGUUGCAAUCUGAAUGUGGACACCAUGGACACAUACUUGCCCUGUAUGUUCAAACUCGUGGAGAUUUCAUUGUUGUUGGUGAUUUGAUGAAAUCAAUCUCUUUGUUGAUCUAUAAGCAUGAGGAGGGUGCCAUCGAGGAACGAGCUCGCGACUACAAUGCAAAUUGGAUGUCAGCUGUUGAGAUUCUUGAUGAUGACAUUUACCUUGGUGCGGAGAAUAAUUUCAACCUAUUCACUGUCCGGAAGAAUAGUGAAGGCGCCACUGAUGAGGAGCGUGGCCGCCUUGAAGUGGUCGGUGAAUACCACCUUGGUGAAUUUGUCAAUCGGUUCAGACAUGGCUCUCUUGUAAUGCGUUUGCCAGAUUCUGAUGUUGGCCAGAUCCCAACCGUCAUUUUCGGCACUGUUAAUGGUGUCAUUGGUGUCAUUGCCUCCCUCCCUUAUGAGCAGUACGUCUUCUUGGAGAAGCUUCAGACAAACUUGAGGAAGGUGAUAAAGGGUGUAGGAGGAUUGAGUCAUGAGCAGUGGAGAUCAUUUUAUAAUGAGAAGAAAACGGUAGAUGCUAAAAGUUUCUUGGAUGGAGAUCUAAUUGAGUCAUUCCUUGAUCUUGGUCGAAGUCGAAUGGAGGAGAUUUCCAAGGCGAUGGAAGUUUCAGUGGAGGAGCUCAUGAAGAGGGUAGAAGAGUUGACAAGGUUGCACUGAUAAUACGGUAGACGCUCAAGAAUGAGUCAUGAGCAGUGGAGAUCCUUUUAUAAUGAGAAGAAAACGGUAGAUGCUAAAAAUUUCUUGGUUCGGGAUCUAAUUGAGUCAUUCCUUGAUCUUGGUCGAAGUCGAAUGGAAGAAAUUUCCGAGGCGAUGGAAGUUUCAGUGGAGUAGCUUAUGAAGAGAGUAGAAGAGUUGACAAGGUUGCACUGAUAAUACGACCUGGUUAAAAUUUUACUUCCCUUCACUUUCUUAUUUGUAUCAUUUUUUUAUUUUCUUAUGUGGUCAUUUUCCACAAUUCUUUUGGCUUUUGGUUCGGUGUUAUGGAAGCAAGCACUGCUUCAUGUGUAUUGUAUUUUUUAAGAUGCAUGUUCACAAGAUUAAAGUUUCAUUUCGAUUGCUUGUAUAAUCACUACUGUAGUAAUUUUAGCUUAAAGUUUCAUUUCAAAAAUAA